AUGAGUAGAAUUUUCAAGUAUGAUGUUGUGACUUUAAUCGAAGCAAUAGAAAAUAAACCUUGUUUGUGGGAUAAAACUGCAGAUUGCUUCAAGGAUAAGAUUGAAAAAGAAAAAGCGUGGAAGGACGUGUGUGCGUUUUUUGAAGAAGAUUUCCUAGAAAAGGACAAAAAGGAACAACACAAAAUAGGUAAGUGGAGCAAUUCGUGGGAAAUGGCAAAAUAUCCGUGACUCUUUUGUGAAGUCAUUGAAGAAAAAAUCUGGACAAGCCACUACAAAAAAAUAUAUGUACCAUGAUAACCUAACAUUCUUGCUGAAAGUGGUACAAUCAGACGACACGCAGUCAAGUAUUGAUGACACCCAGGAUAACGAGCAUUCUCUGUUGAAAGAAACCCAAAACGAAGCCGAGAGGGAGUCUGAAGUACAAGUGCAACUCCAAAAAAAUA